UUGUACAUAAAAUGGCAAAUAUAGAACCACCCCUCCCCCCAGAAACCAUGAAAAAUGUUUUUUUUUUUUUUUUUUAAAGUAGGCCAUUACCACUUUAAAAAUAAUAAUUUUUUUAGGCCUUGUCAAUGCAUUGAUAUUCAAAUUAUUAUUACAUUCUAAAAUAUGUGAGAAUAGUGUGGACAUUGCCUGACUAAAUAGAUUGGAUGCAUGCAUACGCAGGCACACAUAAUAAAGCCAUGGAUAGCAUUAAUCUCAGAAUUUGAAUCUCACCAUCGCUGUUCUUAUUAUGAGAAAGUGACCAAAAACCAGGUUCCUUUUUUAAUGGAAGGAUUUGUAUGGAAAGCCAAGUUGAAGCCAACAUUAGAUGUUUGUCAUCCUCAAAUAACCGCAUGUGGUUUUACCGCAACAGAGUAGCACAACACCCUUCAAUUGAAGUGGCGGGAAACAAACUGAAGUGGCCACAUCUCUCACAGAAAAUGAGAAAAAAAUGAAAUCAUAGAUAAUUGUAAGGGAGCAGGAUAACUUUUCAAGCACCAAAUUGAGGAAAUGUCAGAUUUUCCAGUACUUGAAUUUUUGAGCUCCAAAUUCAUGUUCAAGUAGGCUACUUCAAGCCUAAUAAUAAAAAAAUCCUAAUCAAAAUCUGUUUCUUUAACUACAGAUAUCAGUUGGCGGCCUACCGCAUUUGCGGUGGAAGGUGGCCGAGCUACAGCUGUUUGUCAGACCAUGAGACAUGAGGUCUUGUCACAAAAACAUCUGUAGCGGCCUACAAACUAAUAUGACAACUCAAUGGAAAUAUGAGACUCUCGCGAACAUGAUGGUGUUCUCUGUUUUGCUCUGUGACCCCCAAAAGGGGUGCUAGACCGUCUGAAGUCGGUAGCGCUGAUCUGCCAACUUCUGUCUGUAGUGUCAGUUUGGGCUACACACUAAUAUAAUUUGCUCUAGGACGCCCACAAGCCUCACAAGACUCGCCUGAAGGUAGCCGGUACCAGUUUAAAAAAUGAAUGGAAGUAGUUUAGUGCCUAAAAAAAGGGGUUCAAUAUGUGUCAACAUUUAUUAUAGAACGUUUCCUGAUCUUUCUUAUAUCUCUCGGAUAUAGGACAAACACUUCUAAACAGGCUAGUCUAUCCUACACAAUUGCGCACAGUAGACUCAGUGUCCAAUCCGAGGCACAAAAACAUAUGAAAAUGUAGGCUUGGCCCUAAUUUAUGUGCUCUCUGACACCUAGAGUUGGAAGACUGAAGACAAUGCUAAAGGACUAGUCAGCCUUUCCCCCUUCUGAGGGGCGAAAAUGUUUCUACAGUAUUCAGAGGACUGAGUAUUGAAUGUGAUAGAAUAAUACUAUAGUAUCCAUGUUUGGUAUGUAUCUGAAACUUGUUCACUGAGGAUAACCCUGACGCUAUCUACAGUAUAUGGAUGUAUUAUCGCUGUGGUAACUAGUAUCUGUACAGGGUGAACACUAAAUUACUCUCAAAAAUAUUUUAUGGUCCUCCCAUUUACAUUGGUCUCAUCCCCCACAUAUGUUAUUUAAAUGCUGUGACACCCUGUGGAGAUUGGGCCUUGGUGGUCAGGUUACACUGUAAACUUGGUAUCGUUUGAUUGGUUAAUGGUGGUUGGUCUUGGGUUGAAAGGUUACUUAAAUGCCUUUGUUCUCUCUCUUAUCCUGUAUCCAGUCCAUGGAGGAAGGUUGCAUGAUCAGUUCUCAUUUCCUAGGCUUCUAGGCCUCUGGCCUAGUAUACAUCUCUUUGUUCAUGCUUUGUCCUGUAAGUUAAUGUUAGGACCUAUAUGCUUGGAAUAAUGCCUUGUAAUGCUUGUUAAUGCCUUGUAACUUAAGCUUUAUACAGUACCUUGUAUGUGAUUCCAUUCAUUGUACAAUGUUAAUUAAAUAUCUGCCUUUGAUAUAGACCAUUCUCAGACCAAUUCCUGCUGGUCUACGUCAAGUUAUUGCCUAAUGCUUGCGUGUAUAUUCUAAUUAUCUUUAUGAAGUCAGAUAAAGAUUUUAAUAGGCUAAUUGCUUAGUCUUAUUACGAGUCACAUGUGAGGUUUUUAUAAUAUCAUAUAUACUGUAUAUACACAUGUCAAAUACUACUGCCCCACUACAAAAACAUGAACUCAUUACCUUAAUGCUUUCUCUGUUAAAUCUAACAAGACCCUGCUGUAAAUCAAGCAGACAACAGAUGAUCAAUAUCAAUUCGCUAGGGAUAUUAGAUCCAACAUGGAUCCAGGCACAACUGUCUUCACCAGCGUAACGAAUGAGACACCAAAAUAUUCUGGACAUUCCUCGCGAACACCUUUUUUCCAGCAUUUGGGCUGUUGUUGCAUCGCAUGCGCUAUCACAACAGCUGUUUGCCACUUGACUGUCACUCAGAAAAUUCCUUCUUGGAUCAGAUGAUGAUGUGCGAAAAUAUCACGCAUAACUAAUCAUCUGGACACCAAGUGCGCAUCCAACAAGUAUGAUGCAUAAUUAUUGAAGAACCACAUUAAUGACAGUAUUGAUUUAGGUUUUAAUUAUGAAAGUAAGGUUACUCUUUCGGUUAGAAGCAUUCGAUUUUGCAAUGCAUACAUUAUUUUGGAUUUGUGUGCCCAUGAAAACUGUUUUCACCCCGUAACAUAAGGAGACACGAAACGUUACGUAGUUACACUGCAUUUCUGAGAUAUCUAUACAAAAAACUGUCCGACAGCUAGAUCCAGGAUUCUUAGAGGGUUCAAAUUCAAUGUCUAAUUAAAUUGAUUAAUGCUUAAUAUAUAAUAUAAUGACAACUUACACUGCCAUAAAUGCAAGGACAGAAAAGUAAUGUUUUAUGUCAUGAUAAAGGGUUUUAAAUCAACUCAUGAAUUUUAUUGAAUAUAGCUAUGAUCCCCCUUAUAUGUGACUAAUUUCAGGAAACUAGGCAUAUGUCGCACGUCACUACUUCACAGGAGAGCCAUUUGAACGUAAACAUGUAUUUUUUAUCAAAAUGCGUUUUUGGCAGAAAUGCCUUCUGAAUCAUGUGAACGUUCCUUAAUAACAAACUUGUAUUCCAUCCAUAAAUAUGAAUACAAUUGUUAAAUUUAGCCACGGAAAAGACAGGAACCUUCCCGCUAGUCAUGAUUGGCUGACAUAAUAGUUUGGAUUGGUCUGCCAUGUAGCAUGCUUCUGUCUAUAACGUGAGUUGUUCAGUAUGUGUUGACAGUCCUUUCUACCACGCCGUUUUUGAAAAAUAUAACGUUAGCCAUCGAGAACUACAAACGUUUUGCUACUUUUAUCAACAACAUUGAUGCCCUGAAUUUAGCAGGCACUAUCAACACUAUCAACACUAUCAGUUGGAAAAAGUGAUGGGCUACUUUCUGUACACACCACGGUCAGUGUGAACCGGAGUGACUUGACACAACGAGAUGUUUAUUAUUUUAUUUUUUGUAUUUUACAAAAAUGUUUCUCCCCAAUUUUGAUCUUGUUUCAUCGCUGCAACUCCCCAACGGGCUCAGGAGGCGAAGGUCGAGUCAUGCAUCCUCUGAAACAUGACCGGCCAAACAACGCUUCUAAACACCCGCCCGCUUAACCUGGAAGCCAAACGCACCAAUGUGUCGGAGGAAACACCGUUCAACUGAUGACCGAGAUCAGCCUGAAGGCGCCCGGCUCUCCACAAGGAGUCGCUAGAGCGCGAUGAGCCAAUUAAAGCCCCCCGGCCAAACCCUCCCCUAACCAGGACGACGCUGGGCCAAUUGUGCGCCACCCUAUGGGACUCCCAAUCACGGCCGGCUGUGACACAGCCCGGGAAUGAACCCAGGUCUGUAGUGACACCCCUAGACCGCUGCGCCACUCGGGAGGCCCAGAAAGUUGUUUUUAUUGCAAGAUAUAGCGUACUGUUUGUUAGAUAGCAAACAUUAGCUUGCUGGCUCGCUAGCUAAAGUUACGUGUAUGAUCUGUGUAGUAAUAUUAUUCGAAUCAGAAAUCCAUUUGCAUUGCUAGUUAUAGCCUAAUGUUAGCUAGCUAACAUCGAACCUAGUUUGUUAGCUUUAGCUACCUGCAGAUUCAUACUACAGCUAUGACAAUGUUUGUAUUCGUAGUAGAAUGAGUUGGGAUUAUGCCGGUUCAUUGUUUAGCUAGCUAGCUACAUGUCUAAACAAAAGACCCAUCAAAUUAGCCAGGUGUGUCUGGGGGUGAUUACGGCCAUCUAUUUCAUUUCAUGAACAUGUGUACAUGUCUAGACAAUAGUGACCCAUCCACUUAGCUAGAUGUGGCUGGGGGGUGGUUAUAGCAUUUCCUUCACAUGACCCAUCAAUUUAGACAAGUGUGUCUGGUAAGCGUCAUCUAAUACUGAUACAAUAUUUUAUCUGGACACUUUCUGUUUUUGAUGUUGCUACUAUGCAAGUAACCACUUCACUGUACCAUUUACACCUUCUGUAUCCUGUGCAUGUGACAAAUAAACAUAGAUUUUAUUUUAUAUAGUGCGUGUUUACCACAUGGCCUCAGAUGUGAAUCCUUAAAGAGGUGGGUGGGGCUAAGGCUUAAGAGGGUGUGAAUAAUGCUGAAUGGGUAGACAAAGAAGAGCUCUCCAGUAGGUGUACCAAAACGUUCAAGGGCCAUUUUCUCAAAAGUGGGGUUAGAAGUUUAUCCAUUUUCAAAGCAGAAUUACUUUCCCAUUGUUCCUCAACUGCAGUGUAUGAUAUACAAUUUUCUAGCUCUGGGUCUCUACUUUUAUCCAAUGUAAAAACACCAUUUCAAAUGUUUUCCUUCAUAAGACCGAAUCGAGGCAGUCGGUCACAUAUCUUAAUGUAAUAACAUGAAGAAAAAAAAUCCAUAUUAUUAUCAAUGAUUUAUCAACAGCUGUAACAAGUUGUCCAGUGUAGGAAAUCCUCACUGGUACCUAAUUUAUAAAAAUACCCAAAUACAGGACCAUGGGACAUGAAGUCAGUUUACUAGUCAAAAAUAGAGGUUUAAUCAAGGACAUCAAUAAAUGACGUGAGACUGUGAUAUAUUGUUGUCUGCGCAUGCUUCAUCUCAACUCUCUCUUCUUUCUCCUCUCCUCUUUUUCUGUACUUUUCAUCAUGUCAUCUCUCUCUCUCUUAUCCUAUCCUCCCUUCUCCGCUCACUCCUCCCUUUCUCCUUCCCUAACCUUUCUCCUCUUCUUACAGACAAUGUCUCUUUUCUCUCUUCCCCCUCUCCCCUCCUCCCAGUCAGACUGCUGUUAAUAGGAAUUCAUUUUUAGUGUGAGGUGAGGUGUGUGUGAGAGUGCGUAUUUUUGGUGGGUGUGUGAGAAGUGUGUGUGUCGAUGAUGGAUGAAGGUGAUAUUUCCCACAUAUCUCGUAAGGGAGGAGGGAGGGAAAGGGGGGGGGGGGGGGGGGGGGGGGGGGGGUAGGAAGGGGGACGAAGGGAUGGAGGGUGGUAGACAAGGACACAUGCUGUGAGACCUUCUACUUCUGAUAGCCCAAAAGAACAGAGUGGAGCGGUAGAGACAUAGCUACACCACCUAAGAGGAAGGCAGGAAGAUACUGACAAAGGAACAUUUGCAAUGUAACCUCUAAGACAAAUGGAGACAUUUGUCGUAACUGUAGGCAACAGAGAUUACAGAAUGUGUUGGCCUUUUAAUUACGGCGUGUUUUACCGUCUGUUAGCUGUAAGCCAAACUGUGCAAAAGUGAAAUCGAAACUAACCUUGAUGUUAUGUUUAGGCAUUCAUUCCGAGCUCUUUGUUAAGUUUAGGCGUUAGGGUUACAUUUAUGCAAUAAUUCUGAUUGGUUAGGGUUAAACGGGAACUGCAGCCACUGAUUUAGCCUUGUUUUUUGGCUUACUCCUCAAGAAAUGCUGCCGGCCAUAACAUAAGCCAAAUGUGAGUUGUCUUGGGGGUGUGGUUUGAUGUGGGUGUUUCUUGGGUGUGUCAUUGCCACCACCAAGACACACCCAUCUGGCAGAACCUUGCCCGCAGCUGUUUCCCCUGACUCAAUCACAACAAACAAACCUCCUGCAGGUUGAGUUCAAUAACUACAGGCAGAUGUAUUGUGAGAUACUGGAGGAAGCUUUGAAUAGGUCAGUAGCCUACAGCGUAAUAUGAUAAUGCAAUUGGUGAAUUAAUGUAGAUAUUCUAAACUAAGUGUUUAGAUAACUUUCAAAUGUAGUAACAGGUCCAUGUAGAAUAAACUACUAUUUACAUAAUGUCCAUAGAAGCAGUGUUCUGCUAAUAUAACAAUGUGCACAUUUCAACUUUCAUUGUCAUUCCCGGCCGAUACAGAUACUGUGCCUAUCGGCAUUUUGUCUGGUGGUAAUGGGGCUACCUUGGCAACAAUGUCAGAGUGGUCAUACCUUCCUGUGUGGUGUCCUGUAUACAACAGGAGUUCCCUGAUCCUGGUGCAGAAUACACAGGGUUUCUCCCUCCCCAUAUUGACUGAUACCAUUCAAUUCAAUAAUAAAAAAAGACAAUACAAGUCAAUGUUAUGUCUAGUAAAAUUGUAAUGCAGAGUGCCAGGUCUCUCUCCAUUCAGAGACAUCAGUAUCAAGCCCGUCUGUCAGUCUGGACUUCAUCACAUCAUUUGGCAAGUCUCCAUGUGCUGGCUCCAUACAUGUUUCUGUGAACACAUACACACAUAGUCACUGUUCUGUUACCAAUGGCAGUUAGGAUAUGUAAUAUCUGACACACAAACAGGUGAUAUGUUAAAGUUUGAACAAGUCAAAUAAAAGCUACUCAAUUAAGGUCUCCCCAUCAAACGACCGAGGCUGGCGUCUGGCAAAAGCAUCUACAGUCCUCUCCAUCUGUAGAAAUAGGCAGAGUUGAGGCAGAGUACAUCAUUUCCACAUGGAAUGAAAAGGGUGUUGCAAAUACUGGACAUUUCUGCUGUACUGUAUUAUUACUAAUCCCCUUCAGUCCCACAUUGUGGAUGUGUUGAGUGCCAGGUCUCUCUCCAUUCAGAGACGUCAGUAUCAAGCCUCUCUGUCAGUCAGAACUACAUCACAUCAUCUUGCAAGUCUCCAAGUGCUGGCUCCAUAGAUGUAUCUGUGAACACAUACACACAGUCACUGUUCUAUUACCAAGAUAGGUGAUAUUUGACAAACGUGUAUUAUGUUGAAGUUUGAACAGGUCAAACUAAACCUACCUAAUCCUGGUCUCCCCAUUGACGACCGUUGGUGAGCAGGCAAGAGGUGAGGCUGGAGGUGAGGUCUUUGCCAGCGCAACAUUGAUGGGCAUGGCAGCGUAGAUCAGCUCCUGGCCCCUCAUCAAACAUACUGGUCGGUCACACACAAACACACACACACACAGAGCACUGAUUACAUUAUCAAUGGUGGUUAUGAUUAGCCUGGUGGAACCAACCUGAUUGCUGCAUUCACCUUUCUAUUUCACUUCAGAUAUCAAGUGAAAUAGAAUGGAAAACACAGCAAUCAAGCUGGUUCUACUAGGCUAGGUUAUAAAGGUGAAUUGGGACAGAACUAGAAACUGUUUUGAUCUUUGACCAGGUCAAAUGUCACCAACCUUAUUCAAGUGUCCUCCCUGCUCCAUUUAUAGCUCACAGUGAGGGCAUGCCUGUGUGAUGGUGAGGGUCCCCUUGCUGGUCUCCUCUAUGUUGCAUGUGCGGCUGCAAACUGGACAUCUCUUGAACAACUUCAGCAGGAAAUCCUCAUAAACAAUGGACUUCCUCAUCUUAUGAGGUUGUGUUGACUGGAAGGGCCUGUGACAGGGUGAUACAAUAGACAGCCAAGUGGUAAAUUGCAUUUUGUUGUAAAGAAAGGACAAAGCUUUUUGAUAAUGCACUUCACAAAUAAAAUUACUCUACUACGUGUAUCUGCUUGGCUGGGUAAUUAACCUACUAGUUUAUCAAACCGGGUAUUUUUUAAUACAACUUUUCACAUAACACACACUACAGUUGUUGAUCAAGCUAAUUUUAUGCUUUACAGAUGUAGACUGACUGUAACUCCAGAAUGGAUUAGAUUCAGGCUGGUGACGCUGUUACUGUUUGUUGCUCCUAGUUCACUGUAUUAGUCAGAAGCAGACAUGAGUUAGCUACCACCACAGCUGCAUCCAUUAUUUAGUUUUGCAAUACAGAAUACACUUGUAUGAUCAAUGAACUAACUUGCAAAUCCGACUUGUAGGCUAACUAACGUUAGCUAACCUGUAGCUAGUUAGCUAGCCUGCCUCUCUAGCAUUAUCAAAUGAUAAUGUUACAUAACCAGCAGUAUCUAGACAAUACACAAUAAACUUGUAUGAGCUAUGACCUAACUAAGUUGUAAUGAGGUAGUUAGCUAGCUAGUUACCGAGCUAGUUAUCUAGCCAGCUACGCUAACAUUAGCUAAAAUGUUAGAUAGCCUGCCUCGCAUUAUCAAAGAAAGCUAAUUAUAUAACCAGCAAUAACGUUAUCUAACGUCGUUAGCAAGAUGUCAUUUUAUUCAAGUAUCUCUGCUUAUACUCACCACCACUGGUCGUUGCACACCAAGCUAGCAUUACUGGUACAGACUUGGGACCAACGAUCUCCAACCACCUAUUCCGCACGGUAGGGUCCUUCAGCAGGGCAUGCAAACCGUACUUGGCUGUGCAUCCUGCUGGAAGGAUGUGUUGUCGAACUGGAGCCGGCUUGGUCAAUCCAUAUAGGGCUUUUCAGUCUCAAACGGAUGUGAUCCUUUGAACGUGUUGGGGGCCAUGAAACAACGGAGCCCCAUUCAAUGAAGAGAAGGGAAGUGGGCGGAGGGGCGAUUUUCACGUGGAGUUUGGCAAAAGGGGGCAUGUAUUGUUGACAUGAUUGUAAUCCAAACCCAACCUCCAUUUACAUGUUGUGACGCACUCAGGUUCCAAACUCCGUUUUAGAUGAGACUGACUUUAUGACCAAAAUUGUCCUAUUUACACUUUGUAGUCAAUUAUGACACUAGAAUAAAUUUUUCUGACUUAUAUUGAUGCCACAUAGGCCGUUUUCAAAUGGAUUCGAUUUUUAGGGGCAGUCGCUCUUUAAGGUUUGGGUUUAAAGAGAAAAACGAAUAUUACAAAACGAGUGCCUAGCACUGGGAUUGGACCCGAGAUAUUCGGAGCUAUAGCCCACGGUUUAAGCCUGUCCUCACCCCCAUCCCCAACGCCCUUGCUUGAGCCUACAAGAUGGUAACAGGCACUCGCGUUUCCCCUAGUGGACGGUUGGAACUUGCCAUGGAAUUAAUAUGUCAAACCGUGGCAUAACUUCACCAUUCUAAAAACGCCUGGACAGCACGUAAUCCACUGGAGUUUGGGCUCGAAAUUCCCUAUAGCAUUAAUACUGGAGACUAGUGAGUGUUGCUUUGUCAAAAGUGACUUAAAAUCAUUUGUUAGACAGAAACGAGGGAGAGGAGUGAAAUAACAGAAACAGUGUAGUCCUUGAGGUCUGGAUUUAGAGCAUAAAAUGAGGCAAGGUGAGACGAGGAGAGCAGAUUAUGGCAGUGAGGCUGCUGCGGAGACACUCAGCGUGACCGAGACAAAAGCGAGAUGAGAGCAUGACAGAAGUGAAGCAUGCAGCAGACGGGCAGAUAGUCAGUAGGGCAGAGAUGAAGGAGAAGAGAUGACACGCACAAAGAGUUUUUCUGAACUCAGAUAACAUUACAAGUAUUCCCAGUAUUCUCAUUCUUUCCAACAAUAACUGAAGUGAAUUACAGACUAUGGCCAUUUAGGUUCUAAGCAUCUCCGCAAAUAGUUUUCUAUUUGUUACAUUGUCACUUAUCUGUCAUUUCUCUGGUAAAAUUACCUAUUCUUACAGUUGAAAUCAGAAGUUUACAUACACCUUAGCCAAAUACAUUUAAACUCAGUUUUUCACAAUUCCUGACAUUAAAUUCCCUGUUUUAGGUCAGCUAGGAUCACCACUUUAUUUUAAGAAUGUGAAAUGUCAGAAUAAUAGUAGAGAGAAUGAUUUAUUUCAGCUUUUAUUUCUAUAAUCACAUUCCCAGUGGGUCAGAAGUUUACAUAUACUCAAUUAGUAUUUGGUAGCAUUGCCUUUAAAUUGUUUAACUUGGGUCAAACAUUUUGGGGAGCCUUCCACAAGCUUCCCACAAUGGGUGAAAUUUGGCCCAUUCCUCCUGACAGAGUUGGUGUAACUGAGUCAGGUUUGUAGGCCUCCUUGCUCGCACACGCUUUUUCAGUUCUGCCCACAAAUGCUCUAUAGCAGGGGUCCCCAAACUUUUUCCUGUGAGGGCCACAUAACUUUUCCCUUCUCUGAUGGGGGGCCGGUGUCAGUUUGUAACAGAAAAAGUGUGACGAUCGUAGGGGAGCUUAAAACAUUUAUUGUUUUCAAGAAAGCCACACAUAACCAAAUAACCCUUUCCAGGUUCUUUACAGAAAAAAAGUCAGGAAACAAAUAAUAACACUAUUAAUGAAAUAAAUAAUAACUAAAUAACCCUCUCUGAGUUCUUCACAGAAAAAACAGGAAAUAAAUAACACUAUUUAUGAAAUAAAUAAUAACUAAAUAACUCUCUCUGGGUUCUUCAUAGAAAAAAAAGCCAUGGAACAUUAACUUUCUGUUGUGCCAUGCACAAUCUUAACAGAUAAAAGUUCAGCUCAGUUGUCAGAGCAGAAUCUCUCUGACACAUAUGAGCAGUCUCUUAAAGUUCUUGUGUUCCUUCCUUAUAAUCCUUUUGUAGGUUCCAGUAGGCUUGUAGACACCGCUGUUUGCAGCUCUCUCUCAUCAACUUCCCUGUGAAAACCACAAAGGAAGCAGGUUGAGAAACUGAACUAAGUGAUACAGCACCUACACAGCACAAUACAUUUCACUACCAGUAUGGUUGUAAAGAUGGAUUUUAUCCCAGUAGAUUUUAUUAUGAUUAUAUUUGUUUAUGCUCAGAAUGACUCAUUCAAGUCAGAAAAGUGAGCUUACCUAUGUAUGUUCAUCAGUGUGAACUGUGGGCCUGCAUCUGGCUGGUGAGAAGUUGAAUAUCAGGUUCCAUUCUAGUUACAGCCAGUCUCAAGCACUGAUGCAAAUGUUCAUCUGUCAAUCUUGAUCUCAUCGGAGUUUUCAGCAGUUUCAUGCGAGAAAAGGUUUUCUCGCAGAUAUACGUGCUGCCAAAAACUGUGGACAUUUUCAUUGCGUGUUUUUUGAUGUUUGGAUAUGUGUCGUUUGGGAGGGCGGCAUAGAAGUCAAUGAGACUGUUGGGCUUGAAUGCGUCUUUCAGAACAUCACAGUUCUGUAACUCAGCCAACUCAAACUGAUAUGAAGGCUGGGCUUCAUCAAUGUCGGCAACAAAGGGGUUCUGAAAAAGACGGAUUUCUUUUGCAUGAACAUGUAGUUCACUGAAUCGCACACCGAACUCCGCCUUCAGCAUUUCCAGUGCUUCCACGCACUUUUCAGCUGGGAACGGGACCGCUGGGUUCUCUGUCGACAGGUUUUGGGUAGCAGGAAGAUGGACGAAGUUGCGCUUUUUCACUUGUUCCAAAAGCAGCGCUAAUUUCACCUCAAAUGCUUUUAUGUGUGAAUACAUGUCGCAAAUGAGUUUCCCCUCGCCUUGUAGCUGCAAGUUAAGGCUGUUAAGUAUUUCUGUCACGUCUGUUAAAAAUGCGAGGUGCCAUUUCCAUUCUGGGUCGAUCAGCUCUGGGACCGUUUUGUCUUUUAAAUGAAGAAAUGCGUUAAUUUCGGGUAGCAGCUCGUAAAAACGCCUCAAAACUCUGCCCCGGCUCAGCCAUCGGACCUCUGUGUAGUACAGCACAUCUCCGUGCGUAGACUCCAGUUCAGACAGGAAUUCUUGGAACUGCCUGUGUUUAAGUCCCUUUGCUCUGAUGAAGUUUAUGCACGACACCACAACCUUCAUUACAGAAUCCCACGUCAACACUUUGCAGCACAGUGCUUGCUGGUGAAUUAGGCAGUGGACUCGUAGCGGGGCGGUGAGACCCCUUUUUUCCAACUCCCGGUUCAUGCGUCCUAUUAGACCGCGAGUUUCGCCCACCAUGCUAGGAGCCCCGUCAGUCGUGAUGCUAGCUAGCUUUGACCAGUCCAGGUCCAACUUCUCCAUGGUUUGGCACACUUUGUCAAAAAUAUCCUCUCCCGUUGUAGUCCCUUUGAGACUUUGGAGGGCUGCCAGCUCCUCGCAUAUCUCAAAGUUUGCGCUAACUCCACGAAUAAAAAUGAGCAGUUGCGCUGUGUCUUGCACGUCCGUGCUCUCAUCCAGUGCUAAUGAAAAAAAGUCAAAUUCUUUCGUCUUCUGCUGCAGCUGGGCAUAUACAUUACUCCCGAUUUCUUCAACGCGUCUGGUGAUUGUACUCGCCGACAGACUUACGGCAUUAAAUGCAUCUUUCUUCUCGGGACACACCUCCUCCGCGACAGCAUCCAUACAUUUCUUAACAAACUCUCCGUCAGUGAAAGGCUUACCGCUGCUUGCUAUCAGUUUAGCAACCCGAAAGCUGGCCCGAACGGAUGCCUGGUUCAGCUGAGCUUGGCGUACAAAUGUAUUCUGCUGAGAUAGUAGUCCACUUUUUAGCUUUGAUACCCUGCAUUCUGAAUCAAUUUUUCUCUUACCUAACCUUUUCGCCAUUAUUCCGUUCUCUCUUUGACAGGGCCGGGCCUAGGAUUUUUUUUCUGGAGGCCAAAUAGGAAAAAAAUCCGAUAGCGUCUCUGGGAUUGUUCAGAGGGCCGGGCCAAAUGUGCUGACGGGCCGUAUCCGGCCCGCGGGCCGUAGUUUGGUGACCACUGCUCUAUAGGAUUGAGGUCAGGGCUUUGUGAUGGCCACUCCAAUACCUUGACUUUGUUGUCCUUAAGCCAUUUUGCCACAACUUUGGAAGUAUGCUUGGGGUCACUGUUCAUUUGGAAGACCCAUUUGCGACCGAGCUUUAACUUCCUGACUAAUGUCUUGAGAUGUUGCUUCAAUAUAUCCACAUAAUUUUCCUUCCUCAUGAUGCCAUCUAUUUUGUGAAGUGCAUCAGUCCCUCCUGCAGCAAAGCACCCCCACAGCAUGAUGCUGCCACCCCUGUGCUUCACGGUUGGGAUGGUGUUCUUCGGCUUGCAAGCGUUCCCCUUUUUUCUCCAAACAUAACGAUGGUCAUUAUGGCCAAACAGUUCUAUUUUUGUUUUAUCAGACCAGAGGACAUUUCUCCAAAAAGUACGAUCUUUGUCCCCAUGUGCAGUUGCAAACUGUAGUCUGGCUUUUUUAUGGCGGUUUUGGAGCAGUGGCUUCUUCCUUGCUGAGCGGCCUUUCAGGUUAUGUCGAUUAAGGACUUGUUUUACUGUGGAUAUAGAUACUUUUGUACCUGUUUCCUCCAGCAUCUUCACAAGGUCCUUUGCUGUUGUUCUGAGAUUGAUUUGCACUUUUCGCACCAAAGUACGUUCAUCUCUAGGAGACAGAACGCGUCUUCUUCCUGAGCGGUAUGACGGCUGCGUGGUCCCAUUGUGUUUAUAUUGGCGUACUAUUGUUUGUACAGAUUAACAUUGUACUCAGUUGGAAGAGCAUGGCGCUUGCAACACCAGGGUUGUGGGUUCGAUUCCGACAGGGGGCCAAAAAAAAAAGAGGUAUGCACUCACUAACUGUAAGUUGCUCUGGAUAAGAGCGUCUGCUAAAUGACUAAAAUGUAAAAUGUACCUUCAGGCGUUUGGGAAAUUGCUCCCAAGGAUGAACCAGACUUGUGGAGGUCUACAAUUUGAAUUCUGAGGUCUUGGCUGAUUUCUUUUGAUUUUCCCAUGAUGUCAAGCAAAGAGGCACUGAGUUUGAAGGUAGGCCUUGAAAUACAUCCACAGGUACACCUCCAAUUGACUCAAAUGAUGUCAAUUAGCCGAAGCCUCUAAAGCCAUGACAUCAUUUUCUGGAAUUUUCCAAGCUGUUUAAAGCCAGUGUAUGUACACUUCUGACCCACUGGAAUUGUGAUACAGUGAAUUAUAAGUGAAAUAAUCUGUCUGUAAACAAUUGUUGGAAAAAUUAUUUGUGUCAUCCACAAAGUAGAUGUCCGAACCGACUUGCCAAAACUAUAGUUUGUUAACAAGAAAUUGGUGGAGUGGUUGAAAAACAAGUUUUAAUGACUCCAACCUAAGUGUAUGUAAACUUCCGACUUCAACUGUAUGUGCAAGUGUGAGUGUGAGUGUGAGGUGAGAGCAGGAGGUGUCAGUGAGAGACAGAGAAGUUACAGAUUUAGAAAGGGAAUCAAUUAAAUUCUGGGUGAUAAAAUGAGUGAGAAUCUUCACAAAUCUACAUCUGGAGGGGGAAAAAGUGUGUCCUUAAUAAAAUUGGAUGUGAUCUUUCAGUGGUGUUAAAGGUCCAAUGCAGCCGUUUUUUUAUCUCAAUAUCAAAUCAUUUCUGGGUAACAAUUAAAGCUAAACUCAGUAAGUGCAAAAUAAAGUAACACAUUUUAUAUUUUGGUUUAUAUCUUUACAUUUUGCAGCUGAUUUCUCAGCCAGGCGACGUGAUGACCUAGUGUAGCCAUGACGAAAUCUCCAGGCCCUCAUGGUCCGGUCUGGAGCAACCUAGUGGUGCCAAAAGCCCUGGUCUGCCCUAGAAAGCCUAUGUAAAUUACGAUAGCCGGAACAGCCAAAGAUUUUCUUUUUUUAUGGCCGUUUUGGGCUCUAAAAUGUGUUUAUGAUCUAGUUCGAUCCCCACAGUGAAUUAUUUUAAAGUUCGCUACAUAUUUUUACAUUUCAGUCAUUUAGCAGACACUCUUAUACAGAGCGACUUACAGGAGCAAUUACAGGAGCCUUGCUGAAGGGCACAUCGACAGAUUUUUCACCUAGUCUGCUCGGGGAUUAGAACCAGCAACCUUUCGGUUUCUGGCACUACGCUCUUAACCACUAAGCUACCUGCCGCUACAUAUCGACAUAUUUAAUGAAAUAGUGAUCCACGUGCUGACAGACCAAUCCCAGGCCAGCAAGCUACAAGGACGCUCGCACCCUUGUACCAUAGACAGUAAGGUUGACUUUCUCAGGCAGGAGGAAAAUGACUACAGUACAUCGACCAGGAUCCUUUGCCACUUUCACCAUGAUCCUUAGCGUUUUUUUUUUUGGUGUCAUUCAGCCCCAUUCAGCAAUAUGGCGCGCUUCAAAUUAAAAUACUUCUGGCUUCAUAGGAAUACGGUCAUGACUCAUGAGUGCUGGUGUAGCGGUAAUAGUCACUGCAACAUCCCUAUUUUAGACUGGCUUUAAGUACCUUACUGUGAUUGUUACAAUUAAAAAGCUCAAAAAGAAACAAAACUAGCUUCUUAGCAAAGAGCAAUUUCUCAAUCAAGAAUUUUGCUAGGACUGUCUGGGAGUGGUCUGAGUGGGGAGGGGAAAACUGAAAACUAGCUGUUACUGGCAGAAAGGUUUGGAACUUUCUUUCUUAUUGGUCUAUUAACUAAUUUACCGCCUGGUGAUGCCAGAACUCCAUCCCACAAAAACAGGCAGAAAUUUCAGGCGGUCUUUUCAAACAGCUCUUACAUUAAAAGGCCUUAUCAUUAUUUUCACAAUUUCACAGUAUUAUUCCAACCUUAUAGUGUGGAAAUAUAUAUAAAACACAGGAAAAUCACAUUUUUGACUGCGCUGGGCCUUUAAUGUAACACAAGCACGCACAUGCACAUACACACACCACAUUGACGAAACGUGAAAAGCAAGAGUCCUGACUUGUUAACAAAGUGUUACCUGUCAGAGUUCAGUAAGAAAAAUAGCAGAGCUACAAAUGAUAUUCCAACAAUAUCUCACGGUUUUACCAAUUUGACUUCAGAUUGUAAUGUUUAUCCACGUUUCUCCAAACGUCAAAUUUCGAAGUGGCUCCAAACGUCAAAUUUCGAAGGAUUUUUCACACCCUUGGUUGCUCCUCCUGCUCAGCAUCGUUCCGUUUCACCAAACGUCAAAUUUAAAAGUGUUUUUAAGUGGUUAAGGUAAGGGUUAAGAUUUGGGAUAGGCUUAAAACAAAAAACAAAUGUCUACCACUGGGAUUGAACACAUGACCUUCCGAUCCAGAGUCACCCUCAGGACAUGGACAGACGUCCAAUUGCAAAGUCAAUCUUGAAUGAUCUCCCUGUGAUAUCCAUAUACACUUACCAGCCAGUUUAUUAGGUACGCUACCACGUUCACGAAAAUGGAUCCCUUCUACAGACAUUGAGUCACGUGGCAUUGGCUUGCUAUAUAAAGCAGGCAGACAGGCAUCAAGGCAUUCAGUUACUGUUCGAUUGAACGUUAGGAUAGGCAAAACGAGUGACCUAAGUGACUUUGAGCGUGGUAUGCUCGUCGGUGCCAGGCGCACCGGAUCCAGUAUCUCAGAAACGCCCUCCUGGGCUUUUCACACACAACAGUGUCUAGGGUUUACCGACAAUGGUGCAACAAACAAAAAACUUCCAGUCAGCAGUAGUCCUGUGGGCGAAAACAGCUUGUUGAUGAGAGAGGUCGAAGGAGAAUGGCAAGAAUCGUGCAAGCUAACAGGCGGGCCACAAACAGACAAAUAAUGGCACAGUACAACGGUGGUGUGCAGAACGACAUCUCGUUACGCACAACUCGUUGAUCCUUGUCACGGAUAUUGCUAUUGCAGCAGACGACCACACCGGGUUUCACAACAUUGCCUGGAACAUGACAGCGAGUUCAGUUUACUUACGCAUUCUCCAGACCUCAACCAAAUAGAGAAUAUUUUGGAUGAGAUAGAACGGGCUAUUCGCAGCAUGAAUGUACCGCCGUCCAAUCUGCAGAAACUGUGUGAUCCCAUCGCGUCAGACCAACAUCCCUGUGGAAAGUUUCCGACACCUUGUAGAAUGCCCCGAAUAAUUCCAGCUGCUCUGGAGGCAAAGGGGGGUCCGACCCGGUACUAGAUGGAUGUACCUAAUAAACUGUCCGGUGAGUGUAAGCCAUUGACUUGCUACUAUAACUAUAGGUGUACUUAAAUGACCUCAGAUUAACUGGAAAUAAAACACUAGUCCUCAUUGAACAAUAUCCUACUUUAAAAUAACACUAUACAACAAUGAUACAACGAUAUAAGACUUGUGGAAAUAUUGGAAAGUUAUUAACAAAAUGGUAGUAGCUCCACCUGUGAUAAGCAAUGUUGGACCUUCUGUCAUAUUUACUAGCCUACCAAUACAAUCCUCUCGGAUCUAUACAAGUUGAAAGAGGGGUUUGUUUCUGGACUGGGCCCUAGAUCCAUCUCUAUCCAACCCCCAAGCCACACUCUGGCCAUCCCAAACCCAUCACCAUGACUGGGAUCCAUCUCUACCCAACCUCCAGUCCUCACUCUGGCCUCCAUCCUCUUCUCUAUCCAACCCCCAGGCUUCGUUCUGGCCUCCUGCUGGGUCCUGAUAUUGCCUAUUAUACAGUCAUAUCAGAGCGUUACACACAUGCACACACACACAUACACCAACACAAACACACAGCAGAGUGUCUCCUCUAUUCUCUCUGAUGAAAUAGACAGAUACACAGGGAGUCCCACUAUGAAGACAUGCGGUUUGUUUUGAGGGAUUUCUCUUUAUGGAAAUAAACAUUUCCUCUCCUGUGGAGACUAUUGACACAAGCAGGGAUAAAAUGCUACAGUCCGUUAGUCAUUUCACACAAACAACUCUUCCCCAACUCUUCAGUGCUUUUCACGUCAGCCAGCGUAUGGUUUAUUCAUGGUCUAUUAUAUGUUGACAGUUUGUGUCCAUUUAAUAAAGAAGAGAAACCGAAGCGGGAGAGAUGGGCAGGAAGAAAAAGGGAGCUGAGCAGAAGGUGAUAUCAUCAGUAUUAUACUAAAUGUAUUAUAAUAUAGGCUUAUACUGCAUUAAAAGUCAGAUAAGGAUAUCGUUAACAUCAUUAGGGAUAUAAAAGUGCAUCAAGGUUAAAAAAGGGAUGACUAAAAUAGGUCUAACAUAGGUCUCUUUUUGAUUACAUUCACAUUUCUGUGUAGUCAUCAGUAAUUGGAUCAUCUGUUCAAGGUACAGGUAGAACUUGCAGCAAGAGAGAAGUGCUGUGCAAGUAUUCACUGUGCAACUUAGUAAUGUGCAAGAAAGAAAUACAAGUACUGUAAGAAGCUGUUACAAAGCAGGUGAAAAUGUAUUUCCUUGUUAGUGAACCACUGAUAUAUGAUGUACUGCAUGUAGUGUGUUUGUUUAUGUGUGUGUGUGUGUGUGCGCGUGCGUGCCUGUGUGCAUGUGUGUAGAUAAGUACAGCACCAUAUGGGCUGUGUAAUCGGAGGUCAUUCAUUAGGAGUGUGUAUUAACGUUCCCAGGAGACUGAAGAAUGAACCCUCUGUUUCCUUUAGCACCAUGUCACUCUCUGACUAAUUACUGCUACUGGUCGACUCACUGUGUUGCUGUGUGCUGUGUGUUGCCUACCUCGCCACCACGGUUUGUGCUUCUUCUCCUCCUCUCUUCCUCCCCUCCCUAUCCUCUAUUCUUUCCAUCACCACAGUGAGUGGCUGUGUGUUUGUGUGUGUGUGCUUCGCCAUGCAUGUGUACAAUACUUUAUCUCCAGUAAAUUAGUUUGUUAUCAGUCAGCCCUGUUCUCUAUGGUUCUGAUUCCAAAUCAAAUCAAAUCAAAUUUUAUUUGCCACAUGCGCCGAAUACAACAGGUGUAGACAUUACCGCAAAAUGCUUACUUACAGCCCUUAACCGACAAUGCAUUUAUUUUUAAUAAAAAGUCAAAUAAAACAACAAAAACGUGUUGAGAAAAAAAGAGCAGAAGUCAAAUAAAAUAACAGUAGGGAGGCUAUAUACACGGGGGUACCGGUGCAGAGUCAAUGUGCGGGGGCACCGGCUAGUUGAGGUAGUUGAGUUAAUAUGGACAUGUGGGUAGAGUUAAAGUGACUAUGCAUAAAUAAUAAACAGAGUAGCAGCAGCGUAAAAAGAUGGGGUGGGGGGGGGGGGUUGGGGGCAGUGCAAAUAGUCUGGGUAGCCAUUUGAUUAGCUGUUCAGGAGUCUUAUGGCUUGGGGGUAGAAGCUGUUGAGAAGUCUUUUGGAACUAGACUUGGCGCUCCGGUACCGCUUGCCGUGCGGUAGCAGAGAGAACAGUCUAUGACUAGGGUGACUAGGGUGGCUGGAGUCUUUGACAAUUUUGAAGGCCUUCCUCUGACAUCGCCUGGUAUAAAGGUCCUGGAUGGCAGGAAGCUUGGCCCCAAUGAUGUACUGGGCCGUACGCACUACCCUCGGAGGCCGAGCAGUUGCCAUACCAGGCGGUGAUGCAACCAGUCAGGAUGCUCUCGAUGGUGGAUCUGUAGAAUUUUUUGAGGAUCUGAGGACCCAUGCCAAAUCUUUUCAGUCUCCUGAGGGGGAAUAGGCUUUGUCGUGCCCUCUUCACGACUGUCUUGGUGUGUUUGGACCAUGAUAGUUCGUUGGUGAUGUGGCCACUAAUUACCUUGAAGCUCUCAACCUGUUCCACUACAGCCCCGUCGAUGAGAAUGGGGGCGUGCUUAGUCCUCUUUUUUUUUCCUGUAGUCCACAAUCAUCUCCUUUGUCUUGGUCACAUUGAGGGUGAGGUUGUUAUCCUGGCACCACAUGGCCAGGUCUCUGACCUCCUCCGAUCCUAGUUAAGCGUGCGUAAAAGGAACAUUAUUCCUUUUUAUGCACUUUCCUCUCUAUAAGUAUUCUGACCUUGAAUUUAAGCAUGAGAAUAGCGUGCAAUUCACCUGCUAUUCAUUUUGGGUGGAGAUUGAAUAAAGUAAGGUGUGGCGGAGGUGUGUCUACAGAUAUGCCGUAUUUUGACCUUGACUUAAUUCCCUAAUAAUUCCACCAACUUGACCCGGUUCCAAGUGGAAAAAGCAUCUACUUAUGUUUUUCCUAUAGAAAGAGCACCAUUCUCCAUGCACUGUAAUUUACAACUUGAUAAGAGCUAUUGAUAAGAUCUAGGUAAAUGAGUAAUCCAUUUGGAUAAGGGAAUUGUAAAUAUUGUUUUAGAUAUAUUUUACCUUAUAAUCGCUGGUGACAAAUGUGAAACCAGUCAUAUGGCAGCAAUCUGAAGCAUGUCAACAUAUCAACUUUCCCACAGUAAAGUUUAUCAAAUGCUGGGCCAUUAUGCAGAAUUUAAAUUAUAUGUACAACCUUUUAACUUGCAGGGAUGGGCACUCUUGAAUAUCUUCAUUCUAGGCUACUCCAACUUUCUCUGUUUCCUAUUUUUAUCAUGUUAAAUACUACUAUCAGUAUCAACCGUCAAUAGGCCUAAUAAUAACACAUAUUCAACUGCCAAUUUACUGUUAGUUCAAUUCAAUUGGUACCUAACUUAUCCUUCUAUUUAAUUACAAUGUUUUGUUUACCUUCAUUUGUUUCCUCUGUAAACGCCGUCAUGGCCAUGUGGUUGUUAAUGAGGAUCAUUAGUAACAGUUGAUAAUAUAUACAGUACCGGUCAAAAGUUUUAGAACACCUACUCAUUCAAGGGUUUUUCAUUAUUUUGACUAUUUUCUACAUUGUAGAAUAAUAGUGAAGACAUUAAAACUAUGAAAUAACACAUAUGGAAUCAUGUAUUAACCCAAAAAGUGUUAAACAAAUCAAAAUAUAUUUUAUAUUUGAGAUUCUUUAAAUAGCCACCCUUUGCCUUGAUGACAGCUUUGCACACUCUUGGCAUUCUCUCAACCAGCUUCACCUGGAAUGCUUCUCCAACAGUCUUGAAGGAGUUCCCACAUAUGCUGAGCACUUGAUGGCUGCUUUUCCUUCACUCUGCGGUCCGACUCAUCCCAAACCAUCUCAAUCUGGUUGAGGUCGGGGGAUUGUGGAGGCCAGGUCAUCUGAUGCAGCACUCCAUCACUCUCCUUCUUGGUAAAAUAGCCCUUACACAGCCUGGAGGUGUGUUGGGUCAUUGUCCUGUUGAAAAACAAAUGAUAAUCUCACUAAACCCAAACCAGAUGGGAUGGAUUAUCGCUGCAGAAUGCUGUGGUAGCCAUGCUGGUGUGUCUGUUACUUGAUUUCUAAAUAAAUCACAGACAGUGUCACCAGCAAAGCACCCCCACACCAUAACACCUCCUCCUCCAUGCUUUACGGUGGGAAAAACACAUGCAGAGAUAAUCUGUUCACCCCCACCACGUCUCACAAAGACACGGCGAUUGGAACCAAAGGACACAUUUCCACCGGUCUAAUGUCCAUUGCUCGUGUUUCUUGGCCCAAGCAAGUCUCUGCUUAUUAUUGGUGUCCUUUAGUAGUGGUUUCUUUGCAGCAAUUCGACCAUGAAGGCCUGAUUCACACGGUCUCCUCUGAACAGUUGAUGUUGAGAUGUGUCUGUUACUUGAACUCUGUGAAGCAUUUUUUUGGGCUGCAAUAUCUGAGGCAGGUAACUCUAAUUAACUUAUCCUCUGCAGCAGAGGUAAUUCUGGGUCUUCCAUUUCUGUGGCGGUCCUCAUGAGAGCCAGUUUCAUCAUAGCGCUUGAUGGUUUUUGCGACUGCACUUGAAGAAACUUUUCUUGAAAUGUCCCAUAUUGACUGACCUUCAUGUCUUAAAGUAAUGAUGGACUGUCGUUUCUCUUUGCUUAUUUCAUCUGUUCUUGCCAUAAUAUGGACUUGGUCUUUUACCAAAUAGGGCUAUCUUCUGUAUACCCCCUUAUCUUGUCACAACACAACUGAUCGGCUCAAAUGCGUUAAGAAGGAAAUAAAUCCCACAAAUUAACUUUUAAGAAGGCACACCUGUUAAUUGAAAUGCAUUCCAGGUGACUACCUCAUGAAGCUGGUUGAGAGAAUCCUAAGAGUGUGCAAAGCUGUCAUCAAGGCAAAGGGUGGAUAUUUGAAGAAUCUCAAAUAGAAAAUAUAUUUUGAUUUGUUUAACACGUUUUGUUAAUACAUGAUUACAUAUGUGUUAUUUCAUACUUUUGAUGUCUUCACUAUUAUUCUACAAUGUAGAAAAUAGUAAAAAUAAAGAAAAACCCUUGAAUGAGUAGGUGUUCUAAAACUUUUAACAGGUAGUGUAUAUAUUUAAAACGUAUAUGCUACUUUAUUCAUUAUGGAGCAGAGCGCAAACCAAGCCGUAACAGUUUGAACCCGACACAUGGUGCAACACUUGGCUGUGUUAUCACACAGUUCCAUGGUUAGCACAGGCAAUAGACAAGGGUAUAGCCUACUAUUGUACACUAUUCUCCUAUUAUAAUUAUAUAUACUCUAAUCUUCCUACAUUACCAUCAGUGGAGGCUGCUGAGGGGAGGACGGCUCAUAAUAAUGGCUGGAAUGGAGUGAAUGGAAUGGCAUCAAACACAUGGAAACCAUGUGUUUGAUGUAUUUGAUACCAUUCCACUGAUUCCGCUCCAGUCAUUACCACGAGCCUGUUCUCCCCAAUUAAGGUGGCACCAACCCUCCUGUGAUUACCAUGGGUUAAAGAACUGAAUGUGGCAAUUUUCAGAAUGAAUCAAACCACUGUAUUUUUGAUUCAUGAAUAUAUUUUGUGUGUAAAGGCUCUCCAAACCUGUUUUUGUAUGAUUCAUACAUACUUCCCAAUUUAAAGGGAUGGCUUAAGAUAAAUCUAAUGAAAACUCCAUGAGAACAUCUGUUGGCCAGCAAGUGGGAGGGUUUUCAGCGUUUGAAUUACAUUUAUUCAGCUUGCACUAGGGAACCACACCUGCAAAGCCCGUUACACACCCGCAUAAGGUAAGUCUGAAUACCAUCUACUGAGAAGUGCGUAGGAAAGGCAUGCGUAAGAAAAUAUAUUUAAUAAAUUUUGUAUUCAGGGUAACACAACAAAAUGUGGAAUAAGUCAAGGGGUAUGAAUACUUUCUGAAGGCACUGUUUGUCAUGUUGAUAUAAUUUUUUGUUUGAUUCCAUAUGACUAGUUUCACAUUUGUCUCCAGGGAUCAUAAGGAAAAAUAAUCUAAAACAAUUGCUAUGUGUAUUUACAAUCCCCUUCUCCAAACGGAUUACUCAUUUACCUAGCUCUUAUCAAUAGCUCUUAUCAAUUUAUAAAUUACAGUGCGUGGAAAAUGCUGUUAUUUCUAUUGUUAAAAAAUGAAGUAGAUCAGGGCUCUACAGUGUGACCAUUUUUCUCGCAUAUGGACCUAAAAAUUCUGCUGUGCGAACUGGAAUUUGAAUUUAGGAGCACCAGUGUGCCUAGAUUGUUUUUGAUUCUAGCUUUAAUAUCUCAAAUACACUACAUGACCAAAAGUAUGUGGAAACCUGCUCGUCGAACAUCUCGUUCCAGAAUCAUGGAUGUUAAUAUGGAGUUGGUCCCACCUUUGCUGCUAUAACAGCCUCCACUCUUCUGGGAAGGCUUUCCACUAGAUGUUGGAACAUUGCUGCGGGGACUUGCUUCCAUUCAGCCACAAGAGCAUUUAGUGAGGUCGGGCACUGAUGUUGGGAGAUUAGGCCUGGCUCGCAGUCGGCGUUCCAAUUCAUCCCAAAGGUGUUCGAUGGGGUUGAGGUCAGGGCUCUGUUCAGGCCAGUCAAGUUUUUCUACACCAGUCAAGUUUUUCCACACCGAUCUCAACAAACCAUUUCUGUAUGGACCUUGCUUUGUGCACAGGGGCAUUGUCAUGCUGAAACAGAAAAGGGCCUUCCCCAAAUUGUUGCCACAAUGUUGGAAGCACAGAAUUGUCUAGAACGUCAUUGUAUGCUGUAGAGUUAAGAUUUCCCUUCGCUGGAACUAUGGGCCUAGCCUGAACCAUGAAAAACAGCCCCAGACCAUUAUUUGUACUCCACCAAACUUUGCAGUUGGCACUAUGCAUUCGGCAGGUAAAGUUCUCCUGGCAUCCGCCAAACCCAGAUUAGUCGGACUUCCUGAUGGUGUAGCGUGAUUCAUCACUCCAGAGAACACGUUUCCACUGCUCCAGAGUCCAAUGGCGGCAAACUUUACACCACUCCAGCCGAUGCUUGGCAUUGCGCAUGGUGAUCUUAGGCUUGUGUCUGGCUGCUCGGCCAUGAAAACUCAUUUCUUGAAGCUCCCGACGAACAGUUAUUGUGCUGACAUUGCUUCCAGAGGCAGUUUGGAACUCGGUAGUGAAUGUUGCAACUGAGGACAGACGAUUUUUACGCACUAUGCGCUUCAGCACUCAGCGGUCCCGUUCUGUGAGCUUGUAUGGCCUACCACUUCACGGCUGAGCCUUUGUUGCUGGUAGACGUUUCCACUUCACAAUAACAGCACUUACAGUUGACCGGGGCAGCUCUAGCAGGGCAGAAAUUUGACGAAUUGACUUGUUGGAAAGGUGGCAUCCUAGGACGGUGCCACAUUGAAAGUCACUGAGCUCUACAGUAAGGCCAUUCUACUGACAAUGUUUGUCUAUGGAGAUUGCAUGGCUGUGUGCUCGAUUUUAUACACCUGUCAGCAACGGGUGUGGCUGAAAUAGCCGAAUCCACUAAUUUGAAGUUGUGUCCACAUACUUUUGUAUAAUUAGUGUAUAUUUUCUUGUGCUCCUACAUUUCUUAGUGUGAGCCUACAUGUUUCCACUUAGGCCCACACGUGCUGUAAAAAAGUCAGCGUAGAGCGUAGAGCCCUGUAGAUGCCUUAUUCAUGGUUUCCUCGUCCAGGUCAGAAUAUGGCGUAUCUGUAGACACACAUCCGCCACAUCUUCAUUUCUUAGAUCUCCACCCCGAACGAAUAGUGGGUGAAUAGCAUGCUAUUUUAAUGCUUAAGUUCAAGGUCACAAUACACAUAUAGAAAAAAGUGCAUAAAAUGGGAAUUAUGUUCCAUUUACACAUGCUUAACUCAGGUCGGAAUUAGCCCCUAACUGAAGCUAAUGAGAGAGACAAAAGACAACAAAAACAAAGCUCAUACCCUUCAAUCGGAGAAUGGCAGAUUAGCCGUCUGGCAAAACAAGAAGACAAUAGAAUAUGUGCUCCUGUUACUUUACUCUACUGGCAUAGAUUAUAGCUAUAGCAGAGGUGGUUCAUUGAACUGCACUCAGGUAAUGAGUAACCUCGCUUGAGACCUAAAAUACUUGUGUCAGCUCUCUGAGCUGCCUAGGCUUUAGCUCAGCGGUUUAACAUGUAAUGAAUCAGAUAUAGGCCAAGGAUUGCCUGGACAUUUGGUCUCUUGCCAUUCAGAGAAUGACACAACCCAAUGAAUAUCUUAUCAGACAGACAAUAAAAUAAGUCAGACGAACAACACAAAACAACAGACAGACAGCCCAGAGGCACUGAGAGAAAGAGGAGAGAACAAAGAGAGAGAGAGAGAGAUUUGCCGAAUAGUGUUUCAUGUCUGUUAGUCCAAGUAGAGAUGGUUACACAACAAUAUAACAGUCCUAAGGCAGAGAGGAGAACACCUCAAAAAGAAGGUAUAUGCUGUGCAAGCCAGCUUAAUUAUCACAGUUAGAGUUCUCUCCCUCCCUUCAUCCUCCUCAGAAAUGGUGGAAGGCAGAAAAAAUACAUUUGGUUCACUCUACUAAUAAUUGAAUGUGGGAUCCCUAUGGCUUGCUCAAACUGUGUGGCAUUAAAAGUGGUUCCCUAUAAUUAACUUUUACAAAAGGCAUUGUUUUGACCUCGGUUGAACUCAGUUAUUGCGUUGAACUGUGGACCUACAGGUUUUCAUCCUUCCCCUCUAAUCAGGGACUGGUGGUCUAAAACUUGUGUAUCCAUCUAGUAAAUGUUAUCUAUUGUAACAUUUUAUAGAUUGUCUAGAGUGGCUUGCAAAAGUUUUCACCCCCCUUGCCAUUUUUCCUAUUUUGUUGCCUUACAACCUGGAAUUAAAAUGGAUUUUUUGGGGGGUUUGUAUCAUUUGAUUUACACAACAUGCCUACCACUUUGAAGAUGCAACAUAUUUUUUAUUGUGAAACAAACAAGAAAUUAAACAAAGAAACAGAAAACUUGAGCGUGCAUAACUAUUCACAGCAGACGUGUUUGCUUAUUUUGUUCUUUAAGCAAUGGCUUUUUUUCUGGCCACUCUUCCGUAAAGCCCAGCUCUGUGGAGUGUAUGGCUUAAAGUGGUCCUUUGGACAGAUACUCCAAUCUCUGCUGUGGAGCUUUACAGCUCCUUCAGGGUUAUCUUUGGUCUCUUUGUUGGCUCUCUGAUUAAUGCCCUCCUUGCCUGGUCUGUGAGUUUUGGUGGGCGGCCCUCUCUUGGCAGGUUUGUUGUGGUGCCAUAUUCUUUCCAUUUUUUAAUAAUGGAUUUAAUGGUGCUCUGUGGGAUGUUCAAAGUUUCAGAUAUUUUUUUAUAACCCAACCCUGAUCUGUACGUAUCCACAACUUUGUCCCUGACCUGUUUGGAGAGCUCCUUAGUCUUCAUGGUGCCACUUGCUUGGUGGUUCCCCUUGCUUAGUGGUGUUGUAGAGUCUGGGGCCUUUCAGAACAGAUGUAUAUAUACUGAGAUCAUGUGACAGAUCAUGUGACACUUAGAUUGCACACAUUUUGACUUUAUUUAACGAAUUAUGUGACAUCUGAAGGUAAUUGGUUGCACCAGAUCUUAUUUAGGGGCUUUAUAGCAAAGGGGGUGAAUACAUAUGCACGCACAACUUUUCCGUUAUUUAUUUUGUAUAAUUUUUUUAACAAGUUCUUUUUUUAAUUUCACUUCACCAUUUUUGACUAUUUUGUGUAUGUCCAUUACAUUAAAUCCAAAUAAAAUCAAUUUAAAUUACAGGUUGUAAUGCAACAAAAUAGGAAAAUCUCCAAGGGGGAUGAAUACUGGGCACUGUAUUAGCUGGGCCUCUUUACAUAAGCAUGUCCUGAAAUGCCAUGAUGCCGAAAUACAAACAAUGAUUGACUUUGAUGAAAUCAUGGCAAACUCCUACUGUUAGCUAGCUCCUAUACACAGAGGACCACAUUCACCUCUCUCUCUCUAUAUUUUCUACACCCCCUCUCCAUCCCCACCCCCCUCUCUCUUUCUCGCUCUCCUCUUCCUGGAACAGACACGCAGGAACCGGUUGUCAUGGAAACCUUGCUCUCUGGGCAAACUUACGGAAACACACAUGAACAAGCGCACACACAAACACACUGUAUUUAAUAAAUACUUAAUGGAUCUGCUGAGGGGAUUAUAAGACCACUGAUUUACUGACUGGACAGUAUAGUAUUUCAUUAUGCAUAGCAUUUCUGAUAGCAGCUCUGCUGUGUUUGUGUGUGUACAAUACCAGUCAAAAGUUGACACACCUACUCAUUCAAGGGUUUUUCUUUAUUAUUUUUUAUUUUUUUACAUUGUAGAUUAAUAGUGAAGAUGUCAAAACUAUGUAAUAACACAUAUGGAAUCAUGUAGUAACCAAAAAAGUGUUAAACAAAUCAAAAUAUACUUCAAAUAGCCACCCUUUGCCUUGAUGAACACACUCUUCUGCAGAUGUCAAAGUCUAACGAGAGAAAGAAGAAUGAGAGAAAGAAAGAAAGAAAGAAUGAAGACGGAGGAUGAAAUAGGUACCUUGUCAAGUAGAUCAAUAAAAUAAGCUUAUCACACAGUAACCCACUGAACAGGUGAACUAUACUGGUAUCAUAUCAUUGCUCAACAGUUUGUAGGGGAUGAAUGUCUUUUGGUUCUGCUGAAGAAAGAUAGUGAUUCAGAUAGAAAAGCAAAAAUGUGUGUGUGUGACAAAAUAAAUAAGAGAGAGAGGGAUUCAUGAAGAAAGAUACAAGAAGAAAGUUUACUCAGUCCAGCCUUUCUUUCAUUCUAUACUGAACAAAUAUAUAAACGCAAAAUUCUAAAAUGUCUAAGAUUUAACUGAGUUACAAUUCAUAUGAGGAAAUCAGUCAAUUGAAAUAAAUUCACUAGGCCCUAAUCUAUGGAUUUCACAUGACUUGGUCACAGAUACCUUUAAAAAAAAUGGGCCUCAAAAUGGGCCUCUCAUCACGGAAUUUCUGUGCAUUCAAAUUGCCAUCGAUAAAAUGCAAUUGUGUUUGUUGACCGUAGUUUAUGCCUGCCCAUACUGUACCAUAACCCCACUGCCACCAUGGGACAAUCGGUUCACAAAGUUGACAUCAGCAAACCGCUCAUCCACACUAUGCCAUACACGUGGUCUGCGGUUGUGAGCCCGGUUGGACGUACUGCCAAAUCUUCUAAAACGACGUUGGAGGCGGCUUAUGCUAGAGAAAUUAACAUUAAAUUCUCUGGCAACAGCUUUGGUGGACAUUCCUGUAGUCAGCAUGCCAAUUGCAUGCUCCCUCAAAACUGGCAUUGUAUUGUGUGACAAAACUCCACAUUUUAGAGUGGCUUUUCAUUGUCCCCAGCACAAUGUGCACCUGUGAAAUGAUCAUGCUGUUUAAUCAGCUUCUUGAUAUGCCACACCUGUCAGGUGGAUGGAUUAUUUUGGCAAAGAGGAAAUGCUCACUAACAGGGAUGUAAACAGAUUUGUGCACAGAAUUGGAGAGAAAUAAGCUGUUUGUGCAUAGGGAACAUUUUUGGGAUCUUAUAUUUCAGCUCAUGAAACAUGGGACCAACACUUUACAUGUUGUUUUUAUAUUUUUGUUCAGUGUAUAGUACAUCCACAGUUCAAUUCAUUUAAUAAUUACCAUGUAAUCUCCAUGCACAGAGAGUAUAAUGGCUCUCUCUCGCACACACACACAUACACACACACACAGUGGCUGUGACCCCAUUUUCCGAGGGGGUCUCAGAUUAUUGCUUUUUAAUUUUUUACAAUUCACACAUUUGUAUAAUACACACUUGUACAUGUGUGAAAUAGGACAAAUAUAAGCACCCACAUACAUACAUAUACCGUAUCCACACACACACACACACACACACACACACACACACACACACACACACACACACACUACAAGGCAUAUAUUGAAAACCACACCGAACCAAUAGAUAGAAAAUAUCAGAUACCAGCAGCACCACACAGCUAGAACACUUCAGCUCCUAGACAUAGAAUGACAAAGCUGGAACAGAGAUACAACUAUAGAGCUACAACACAACAGCUCCUAGUCCAAAAACACUCCUAUAUUGAAGCAAGAACCAGGAGCAGCUCCAGACCCAGACCCAGAGCUCUGCUCUCACCUUACCUGCGGAGGUGAGCCCGCUGUGGGAGUCUGGGUCUGGUUAGGACCAGGACCAGGACGGGGGGUUACAGUGGAGAGACUGCCUACCUUUCUCCAGUGUCCCUGUGAGGAAGCGGUAGAAAAAGCGAAACACUUUGGUCAGCUGUCUCUUGCAUCUCUUCCUGCAAUGGCUCAUCUUGACUCUGUAGUGGCUAAUGAUAGUCACAAGGUGGGGGUGAUGGCGAGUGUUGGGGGGUAUCGACUAGGCAGAAAACCAGCGAAAAGAGGGAAAGAAGGAAGAAAGGAAAGGGAGUGUAAAGUGUAGCUGCUUGCUGCUCUUCUCUCUCUCUCACUCUCUCCACCUUCUCUAUCUCCUUUCGUUCGUGGCUCCACCUCUAGGCCUCCUGCUGUCAAUCAACAACAGUGUUCUGUCUCCUCCCCCUUACCCUGUGAGAAUCCUCUCACUCGAUCUGAUUGGCUGGGAGAGUGGCGGAAAAUUCUGUGUACUAUACAACUACUGUACUCUGAGUGACAUGUUUUUCUACUCUCUUAUUUUCUCUCCUCUACUCGUUCUAUUGUCUUCUCUUCUUCCUCCAGUGACUAUUUAUUUUCUCCUUCUCAUCUGUCUCCUGUUGUUUUUCUCCACUUGCUGCUUUCAAAAGAAGCAAACACUGCCUGGGAGGUUUGUUUUGGUGUGAGCCAGCGGGAGAGUAAGUGUGCAUGUUUGUGUGUGUGUGUGUGGGUGUUUGUGUAUGUGUUCCAGCGGGAGAGUAAGUAAUGCGACAGGGAGCAACAAAGCAAACACGGCAAUUAGCGUCACUCGCCGCUCUCCUCUCCUCCCUCAUUCUCUCUUUUGUCUCUCUCCCUCUCUCGCUAUCUUUUCCGUCGCCUCUCUUCUCUUCUCCCAGUGUAUGCUAAGCUCUCAUGUGGACCAGAGGGAAGAGAGAGGGAGGGUGGAGAUGGAGAAUCUGGUCAAUGACUUCCUCUCUUAAUUUUGGAUUCUCUCCGAAGAUGUAGAUGCAUGAAAUGUCCAAAUCCCAGUAGAGCCAGAGGAGGAAAGGACGGUGUGAGCUCUCCCUCGUCUCUCUCAGCUUGUCGACCCACAGUCUCCAUCUGUAGCCUUUGACCGCACACCCAUUGAGGCGGGUGGAACUGUCUCCUGUGUCCCAGUUGUGGUGGAGAGCGAAUGCUCUAUUCUAGCCAGCGACCCUCGGUCACCCACAGUCAGCGUCACCCGCACCCCAAUGAAGGACUCAAUGAGAGUGACAGUUGGCUCCUUCGCCCGUCGCCUCGGCAUGCUCCUCCACGGCGACUCUGUAGAAAUAGUUGCCCCUACACCCUUUAACACGUUUCCCAACCUCAAGGUGAAGGAGGCGGCAGUGGUGGAGGGAGAGUUAGGCUCCAGUGAGCCCCUUCUCUCCCCUCAGCCAUCACAGGUCUCAAUUUUUACAUUUACAUUUUAGUCAUUUAGCAGACGCUCUUAUCCAGAGCGACUUACAGUUAAGUGAGUGCAUACAUUUUCAUACUGGCCCCCCGUGGGAAUCGAACCCACAACCCUGGUGUUGCAAACGCCAUGCUCUACCAACUGAGCUACAUCCCUGCCGGCCAUUCCCUCCCCUACCCUGGACGAUGCUGGCUAAUUGUGCGCUGCCCCAUGGGUCUCCCGGUCGAGGCCGGCUACGACAGAGUCUGGAUUUGAACCAGGAUCUCUAGUGGCACAGCUAGCACUGCGAUGCAGUGCCUUACAGCACUGCGCCACUCGGGAGAUGAUCCGGCCCUCUCCCCAGAGCGUGACUAGUCAUACGCUUCUCAUCCAGAGCCCCUUUGUUCUCGUGGGGAGGCCCAGAUAGAAGUCGAGGCCGAUUUCACUCUGGAGGAAGCCGAAGAGGCCAAGGAGUCUUCACUACACAAGCGCCUGAGUAUGAGCUUGAUCACCUGCCACGACAGCAUCGCCCCAUCCCAGACCUUGGCCGAGGUGCACUACGAAAGCCCUGAGUCUCCUCUCCCUGACAACGCUGCUGCUGAACUCCACAAGGACGAAUGUGACCACGCGUAUGCCCUUCCCUCAAUCACCUCUGACCUCGCACAAGCUCUGACCCCAAUGGCUGAACCACCCAUCCCCACCGUUACCGAGUUAACUGAAGUCACUGUUGCUACGGAGAUGCCCAAAGCGGAGGAGAAAGUGGAGGUCCCAACACCAGUGGAGGAGCCAGUGAUGCCUGUCACGCAAGAGUCGCCUGUUGUACCAUCCCCCACAACCACUGGCCCAAGCCCCAGUGUGAGCCAGCAGCAGCCCCAAACCACUGGGAUCCGCUGCCCCACCUUCAACACCAAGAGCCCCAGUCAAAUGGUGUUCAAGCCCCAGUGGCUAGGGAAGGGCUUCGGGGCCACAGGGGUGAGGGCCAGAGGGAGAGGAGGCAAGGGGGGCUCGUCCUUUUCACCACACUCCGUCCAGGUUGGAAACAAGAACACAGCCAAUGAGAACAAGGGGCAGUCGGUCAAACAGAAGCAGAGCGACAAGGCACUCGUGGCUGAAGGCCGCUCCCGUCUGCAGAUGCUCAAGGAGACCAACUCCCCCCGGGAGCAAGCUACACAGAUGAAGCUGAAGGUGUCCACCCCAGACAGACAGAGGCUGGGCCAGAUGGACCGGAGAGUCCUGACUGUGUCCCUGGACAAGGAGAACCGAUAG